AUGACAGGGAACGCAUGGCUUCUGGCGCCGUGGCUUCUUGCGUUGACCUGCCACGUGGGCGCCGUUGACAUCAACAUAGCGGUGGUCGCCGACCCGAGCCUGCAGUUGGUGGGCGAGAGGGUCAAGGAGCGGCUCCUCGAAUUCUUGGAUGAGUACAACGGACUCCUCGGCGAGGACAACCGAUUCCGCUCUUUGGCCGACAACGCUGAAGAUGUCCAACAGCUGCCAGCCAUCAUGGGCAAAACUCUCCUCGACGCUGCGGUCACCGUUCUAAGCUGCCCGAAAACCCAGAACGCCUACUCGGUGGUGAAGAAAGACCUCCCGAAUACGUUCCUCAUCUCCAUCAUGGAACGAUUCUGCCCUCGUCUGGAGGAGACCUUCGCGCUAGGGUUUCCCGUCGUCUCGGACCCGCUGGACGUUGUCCCCUUGCUGGUGGAUCUCCGCAACAUGAACGACAUGAGUCACUGGAAAAGCGUCGUCAUUCUUCAUGACCCCGAUUUCAGAGGUGACUACGUCGAAGACAUCGUCAAGGCCCUGAAGGGUCCCGGCGCCCGAGCAAAAGAAGCCGUGAUCACGACGUAUCGAGUUUGCUCGGAUCGUCCCUGCAAUGCCGGAACCGUGCACGUUGACGCCAUCGUUCAGACGUUCUCUGAGAAAUUGCACGUCCGGCACUUCGUCAUCAUCGGCAACUUGUCUCUCGUCCAGAGCGUGCUCACCCAUACACGCAAAGAAACACUGAAGAUAAUAAAUUCAAUAUCAUUCGUCCAAACUGUUCAAGCACAGUUUAUGUUAUAUCCUAAACAUCUCCCGUUAAGCCCUCCUGAAAUCUAA